AUGGAUGACCUCAAGUUAUUCGCAUCCAGCAACAAGCAGCUAGAUAGAGAGCUAGACAUUGUGAAGCGGUUUAGUGAGGACAUAUGCAUGCAGUUUGGCCUGGAAAAAUGUAAAAGGAUCACGAUUACCAGAGGAAAGAUCUCAAUGAAUGUAAACCAAAUAACUGAAAAUAGUGCAGGAUUUGACUAUCUUGAUCCAAAAACAUCUUUAAACCCUGAGGCAAAGAUAACCCCAAUGCAGGAUCUGGUUGGCCAAUGGAAAGCCAAACCACUACAUGGUCGGUAUAGGAGCCGCAUAGACGACAACGCCAUUGACACGAAGGCUUCCCAAGGAUGGUUGCAGUCAGGUAAUCUGUUCCUGGAGACGGAGGGCUUCAUAGCCUCCAUCCAGGAUCAGGUAGUCCCAACAAAGUUGUACCGAAAGCGUAUAAAGCAUGAGAACGUUGAAGAUAUCAGAUGCAGCAUAUGUGGGGAAAAAGAUGAGCACAUAGAUGAUAUUGUAGCAGGCUGA